GGCUGUGGACCACACCGGGGACACCCACCAGCUGAGCCACCCAGGUCCCCAUGAGGCCACCGCUGCUGCCGCUGCUGGUGCUGUGGGUGCCGCGGCUCCCGGGGACCCCGGCAGAGGGUGAGGGAUGCAACCAGACAGCACAGGCAUGGCUGGAGGGACAGGACACACGUGGUGACAGAGGCACCCUCCUGAACGUCAGCGUGAGUGACCAUGGCCGGUCAGACUCCCUCCUUGUGUCCUGGGAUGAGCCAGAGGAAGGUGCCAAGGGAUAUUCGCUCGCCCUCUCCUCCCUGGGGUCAGGCAGGCCGCUGCAGAAUGGCUCUGCUGGGCCCAACGCCACCAGCUUCUGGUUCCACGGGCUGACCCCUGGCACACGCUACGAGAUCGAGGUGACAGCCACGCUGGCCUGCAUGGAGACUAUCAGCCAGACCAUCACAGCUCAGACAAGUCCGUCACCCGUCCGCAACCUGAGCCUGAGCAGUGGCGGGAGCUCGGCCUCGCUGAGGGCGGCCUGGGCGCACGGCCCGGGGCAGCGCGAGGGCUACGGCCUGGCCCUGUACCACAGCGACUCCCAGGCGCUGGUGAGGAACGUGUCCAUCCCGCCCAGCGCCUCCACCUUCCUGUUCGACGGGUUGCUGGCCGGCAGCGAGUACGCCUUGAAGGUCAGCACGCUGACUGGGUCCAGCCAGGCCAGCACCAGUGUCCACCAGUGGACAGCUCCCUCCAUCCCCACCCAGCUGAGGCUCAGCCCGGGCUCCAGCACCAGCCUCGUCGCCUCCUGGGCAGGGGCUGCGGGGGCUGCCUGGCUGCACCUUGAGCUCCGCAACCUCCUCACCCAGACGGUCACCACGACCCUGUCAGCCAGGAGGGGCCUCACCAGCUACACCUUCCAGCAUCUGCACCCCGGCACCCAGUACUGGCUGGGGCUCAGCGCCACAGCCGGGCCCUACACUGUAGUGGGACCCAAUGCCACUGCCUGGACAUACCCCUUGAGCCCUGGCAAUGUGACCCUGAGCAGUGCAGAGGAGCAGAGCUCCUUGCAGGCUCGCUGGAGCAUCCCAGUGGGACACAGGGACUUCUACCUGGUGACGCUGCGAGAGGGAGAGGAUGGUGUUGUGACGAGGAACAUCUCCGUCGGUGGGGACAAUGGUCACGUCACCUUCCAUGGGCUGAGCCCUGGGAAGCAGUACUCUGUCCAGGUGAUGGUGGUGGCAGGGCCAUACCAGGCAUCAGCCUUCAGCACAGCAGCUUGGACAGAGCCACUAGCACCAUCUGGCGUGAGCCUGUCCAGCCAGGGCAGCCCCCACAGCCUGCUGGCCAGCUGGGAGGAGGCGAUGGGGGAGGGCUAUCUGCUGGCCCUCAGCCCUGCCGAGCACCCCGUGAAGAACAGCUCGUUGCUCAGGGGCGUCACCAGCUUCACCUACGAGGGCCUCCACCCUGGCACCCUCUACACCUUUGAGGUCAGCACCGUGGCUGGCCCCUACACAUCCUCACCCCAGUGCGUCUCCAACUGGACAUACCCUUUGCCCCCGGAGCAGCUGACCCUCAGCAAUGGGGGCCACAGCACCUCUCUACAAGCCUCCUGGAGAGCACCUUCCUCUGGCAGCACUGGCUACACAGGGACCCUCCUGGAAACCAAGUCCCAGGAGUGGAUCAGGAAUGUGACUUUGGGGAAUGACUGGACGAAUGUGACCUUGGAGGACCUUGUCCCUGGGCGACAGUACACACUGGAGGUGGCUGCUGUGGCUGGACCUUACAGAUCCCCUGUGCAAUCAGCCACAGACUGGACAUAUCCCCUGGCUCCGGCUGGCGUGACCUUGACCAACACCCGGCGCCCACUGGGGCUCUCAGCCUUCUGGGACAAGGCUGCUGGUGAUGUGGACCAGUUCCACCUCCAGCUCUACAGCAAGAGCCAUGCAGCACAGAGGAACAUCUCAGUGGGGCCAAACACCCACAACUUCACAUUCCUGGGGCUGUCCCCUGGCACUCAGUACUUCCUGAAGGUGACCGUCCUCAGUGGCCCAUACAGAUCCUCAUCACACUUUGCCACUGAGUGGACAUAUCCGCUGUCUCUGGCUAAUGUGAGCGUACGGCCUGGCCGGAGACCCCAGGAGCUGCACGUGAGCUGGGUGGAGUCCGGCGGUGGCAGAGACCACUUGGUACAGCUCUCGGUGGCUGAGUCCCUGUCCGUCAUCAGGAACGUGUCUGUGCCCCGUGGAGUCACCCAGCUCGACCUGGAGGGGCUGGUGCCAGGGUCCCGGUACCGCGUGGAGAUCAUUUCUCAGGCUGGGCCUCACCGCAUCUCCUCUCAGACUGCCAUUGGCUACACCGUCCCACUGCCUCCUCGUUCCCUAUCUGCCAGCCCUGUCAGCACUGCCUGGGCUCUGGCUGUGCACUGGGAGACUGCUCCUGGGCAGAGGGAUGGAUACCUGCUCAGUGUGCUCGAGGAGGGCUCUUCUGCACCACCAAGGAACCUGGAAGCGGGGAAAGACAGCACCAAUGUCACUGUGCCACAGCUGGAACCAGGAACAUGCUACCUUGUUGGCAUCUGGGCAGUGGCUGGACCCUACCGCUCCCUCCCCAGGAACAUCACCAGCUGCACAGUUCCUGCAGCCCCAACAAACCUGAGCCUUACAAACCCAGGCAGUUCCUCAGAGCUUUACACAUCCUGGAAUAAGCCCCCUGGCAGGAGGGACCACUACCGCAUUACCCUGUAUAGCCUCAGCACCCAGAGCAGGGUGCAGGUCCAGACCUUGAGUCCAGAUGCCCAGAACAUCACCUGGACUCACCUGGAGGCAGGCAGCAGGUUUGCUGUGCAGGUCACUGCUGUGAAAGGCUCGUUAGAAGCCUCUUCCAUCAACGUCACCCAAUGGACACAUCCCUUGGCCCCUGCCAACCUCACCCUGGGCAGCCCCUCAGCCUGGGUGCUGUUGGCCUCCUGGGCAGCAGCAGGGCAAGGAGCAGAAGGCUUCGUGGUGGAUGUCUAUGACACAGCCUCUGGCACUCACGUCGGGCACACGGUGCUGGGAGGCAACGCCAGGAGUCACAUCUUCAGGAGCCUGAGCCCUGGCACCCUCUACAGCGUGGCAGUGAGGGCCACAGCUGGGCCCUUCCACGCCAGCGCCCCCAACCUCACCCACUGCACACGUCCGCUGCCCCCGACUGCCGUGCGCCUGCUGAGCACGGGACACCCCGACGGGCUGAGCGCGGCCUGGGGCGCCGCGGCCGGGGGGAGAGAGGGGUACACACUGACCCUGUUCCACGCACGGCUGGGCACCGUGGCAGCCACAGCCUCGCUCGGGAGAGAUGCCCACAACUUCACCUUCACGGGACUGGCCCCAGGAAGCAAAUACGUGCUGGAGGUGGCGUCCAUGGCUGGGUCCUUCAGGACACCCGCAGGGAAUGUCAGCAACUGGACAUACCCCUUGGCACCCCGUAACGUGUACAUGACGAACCAGGGGUAUCCCAACAGGCUGAGCGCGUCCUGGCGAGCUGAACCCCAAGGACAAGACAGUUACAGGCUCCUCCUGUAUCAUUCAGGAUCAGGUGUUUUGGCAGCCAAUGUCUCUGUUGGGAAAGGCACCAGCAAGUUCACCUUCUCUGGCCUGGCUCCAGGACACAAAUACCUGCUGGAAGUGGUGUCUGUGGCAGGGCCCUACACAGCGUCCGCGGGGAACAUCAGUGACUGGACAACCCCCUCAGUUCCCAAAAAUCUCUCAGUGGUGGCCGAAGGGAACAACACGAUGCUUAUCUCCUGGGGCAGUGUCUCUGGACAGCAGGACGACUGCCAGCUGUGGCUGCGGGACCCCCAGAACAGCUCUCUGCCCUGGCGGCACUCCCUGGGCAGAGGGCAAGUCCAACAGCUCCUCCAGGGGCUGAUCCCAGGCAGGAACUACUCUGUGUCCUUGAGCUGCGUGGCUGGGCCGUACUGGAGCAGCACCAAGUCCUUGGCAGUGCCAAUAGAGCCAAACCCCGUGGAGGAUGUGCAAUGCCUACCACAGUCAAGGAGCCUUUACUUGAACUGGACAAGCUCUCCUGGAGAUGUGGAGGCUUAUGAGGUGGUGACAGAGAGACUCUCUGAUGGACCUCCCACCUCCAAGUACAUCAUGAGCAUCCCUGUGAACGAGGCCAGUUUGGAGGGGCUGGAGCCAAACUCCUCCUACCAAAUCGUUUUGAGUGCUGUGGGCAUGAACACACUGAGGAGCCAGGCUGUGACUCUGCUAUGCAGCACAGCAGUGGAAGCCUUGCCUCCACCCCUGCGUGCAGACGUCUUCCAGGUGGAGUCCAGCUCCACAGUUAUCAUUUCAUCCGACCUGUUCAGUGAGGAGAAUGGCCAGAUCGAGUAUUAUGGUGUCAUUGCUACCACUAAUGACUCAUUGCUGAGGCCCACCCAGGAGAUCAUGUCCAGCACAUGGUAUGACCACUAUUAUGGGACAGAGGACUCCUACCUGGCAGUGCUCAUACCCAAUCCCUUCCACCAGAGGAGCUCCCUUGAGACCUGGCGAGUGCCAGUGGGAACAGAGGAGUGCGGCCAGUCCAGGGCAACGUGCAACGGGAAGCUGAAAGCCGACAAACAGUACAGGUUCAGCAUUGCUGCCUUCACCAAAUAUGACCCAGUAGCCCCGGCAGUGGCAUUCACCAUGUUCUCAGCUGCUGGAUCUGGUGCAGAUACAACUCCACUCUCAAUGCCAAUAAUCGCUGGAAUCAUUGUAGGAUUUCUCCUAACACUUGCAACUAUUUUUGCUUUGGUUUACUGGAAACAGCUCAGAGCAAAGAGAACCAAGAAGAGCAGCCUGCCCCAGGAAAUGGUGACCUACAGCUUGAGAAAUGUCCACCGGCCAGUUCCUCUACAGAACUUCAAGCAGUACUAUGAGAUGAAGACAGCAAGUGCUAACCAUGCCUUUUUCCAGGAAUUUGAGGAGCUGAAGGAAGUUGGGAAAGAGCAAUCGAAGGUGGAGGCUGAGCUACCAGCAAACGUCUCCAAGAACAGAUAUGCCCAUGUGCUGCCCUAUGAUCACUCGAGGGUCAAGCUGAGCCAGCUGGGGGAGGAUCCACACUCAGACUACAUCAAUGCCAACUUCAUGCCUGGCUACACAUCCCAGCAGGAGUUCAUUGCCACCCAGGGGCCCCUCAAGAAAACCAUAGAGGACUUCUGGAGGCUGGUGUGGGAGCAAAAUGUCUGCAACAUCAUCAUGCUGACAGUGUGCAUGGAGAACGGGCGGGUCCUCUGUGAUCAUUACUGGCCGUCGGAAUCCGCCCCAGUCUCCUACGGGCAGGUGCAGGUCCACCUGCUGACACAGAGCAGCUCUGAGGAGUGGACCAUGCGUGAGUUCAAGCUGUGGCACGAGGGUCUCCGGGCAGAGCGAUACGUGUCCCACCUGCACUACACAGCCUGGCCCGACCACGGCAUCCCGGAGUCCACGACGUCCAUCAUGACCUUCCGAGAGCUGGUCCGGGAGCACAUCCAGAGCACUAGGGAUGCAGGGCCAACCCUCGUGCACUGCAGUGCUGGCGUGGGCCGCACUGGCACCUUCAUUGCCCUGGACCGGCUGCUGCAGCAGAUGAAGCAGGAGAAGAUGGUGGACAUUUUUGGUGUUGUUUACACCUUGCGGAUGAACCGGUACCAGAUGAUUCAGACGCUGUCCCAGUACAUUUUCCUGCACAGCUGUAUCCUGGACAAGAUCUUGGAGGAACCUCUCCUGGGUUUAUCAGGGACAGAGAGGUCCUGCCCCAUCCCACUGAAGAACUUUGCCCAGCACUAUUCCCAGAAGGCAGCCAAGUCCCACCUGGGCUUCCUGAGGGAGUAUGAGACCCUCCUGGAAGUUGUCAAAGAAGAAGCCAGCUCUGCAUCACCACCUUCAGGCAGCCAGCAGACACAGCCCCCUUCCAGCAUCCUCCCAUAUGAUCGCUCCAGAGUGAAGUUUUCCCUGCUGGAACAGAGUCCUUCCUCAGGACUCCUGCAGGUGUGGCGUGUCCCGGGCUGUAACUCCAGCAGGGACUAUCUGGCUGUCCAGGGCCCUGACAAGCUGACCAUGGAGGAUUUCUGGACCCUGGUGUGGGAACAGGAUGUUCACACCAUCCUAACACUUCUCCUAUGGCAGGACAAGGGGGAGGUCCAAGGUGAGGCAUGCUGGCCCCUGGAAGGAGACUCACUCUGCACAAAGACACUGACCAUCCAGAGUGGCACAGAGAAGCUUGUCUCGGGAUGGAGAUGCACCCAGCUCAAACUGAAGCACGAGAAGAAAGCAAAGGAGAGGCAGGUACAGAUGUUCCUGUACACGCUCUGGAGCAGCAAGAAGCAGCCUGAUGUCCAGAGCCUGGUAGAGCUGCUCACGGCUGUCAGACGGUGCCUGCCCCACCGGAGGAGAACCAGUCCUCUCCUGCUGCACUGCAGUGGUGACAUGAGCCAGAUAGGGACGCUGAUCUCCCUGGAUUGCCUGCUGCACCAGAUGAAAGCUGAGAGAAUCGUGGACAUCUAUGGCGUGACCCUCCAGCUGGCCCGAAGCUGCUGCCUCAUGACCCCGACUCUGGACCAGUACAUGUUCCUGUAUUCCUGCAUCCAGGACAUCAUCACCCAGAACCAGCCCUAACACUGUUCAGCCCUUCCUGGCACGAUCCUGCCCUCCCCCUCUCUGGGGCCCUGGAGGGAGCUGGGGUGAGAGCCCUGUGGGACUCCUGGCACAGAGCGAGCCCUGCAGCGAGCAGUGACCUACCCUGGCACUGUCACCAACUCACCCCACGUGAUGUGAGCAGUGACACAGGGCCUUCUGGACAGACGGACAUUGUCCUGCCACGCACUGCCACGGCCCCUCGGUGCAGACACAGCAAGGGGCUGGGCAGGAUGCUCUCCUGCUUUGGACAUCUCCAGGAUUCCUGGUGCCUGGAAGGUUUGCUAACCCCCCCUGCAGUUCACACGGCAGCUGUGGGGCUCUGUGGUGCCCCUGAGGUCCAACAGGAGCACGGAGCACUGCGGUCUCCAUGUGCCCACGGGCACCGGCGUGUCGAGGUCUCAGAUGUGCUGUGGACAGAGCACUGUGGGACCUGGCUUGUCUUGGCUGAUGGAACGGUCUUAGGUACAAACAAUAAACAGCCCUAGGAAAGCGUGUGCUCCUAA